AUGUCGAACAUCAAAAAAGAGGAUCCCCCUGUAUCAGAUGUCACUAGAGAUAAACUUGCGGAAGCAGAAGCGGAACUUAAAAAAUUAUUAAUGCGCAAGAAAGACAUGGAUAAAAGUCUAAAAACAAUUGAAAAGCAUAUUUGGAAUUUUGAAGGAUCUUACUUGGAAGAAACUCAUUCUGGAGGAAACUUAAUUCGUGGGUUUGAUGGUUACCUAAGGGCUACAAGCGAUAAAAAAAAACGUUCGGAAAUUACGCUUGAAGAAAGUGCGACUUCUGAAAAGGCCGUUGGGUUGGUUGAUGAUUCAUCAUCAAGUUCGGAUGAUCUUAAGUCUGGCUAUAAUAAACAAAUAGGAUCUAACCCAAAAAAGAAAAGAAAACAACAAAGGCCUACUAAUUACAUAUAUCCUCAAGAAGUUAAAGAAGCAAACAAUAGAGAGGUAAGAAGAAUCAGGUUACCUCUCCGAGAUCGAGAUGACAAAGAAAUAGAAGAGGAAGUAGAUAUUUGA